GCAGCUUUUGCCGGAUUUCGGAAUGGCGAACUCCAAGUUUGAAUAUGUUCGAAGUUUCGAGCAGCCAGACUCCCUCUUGCCCAACACAUGGAUUGUAGUACGCAUAGAUGGCAGAGGAUUUACCAAGAUGUGUGCGAAAUAUGAAUUCGAAAAGCCAAAUGACCGGAGAGCUCUUGAUCUUAUGAAUGCGGCCGCCAAGGCGGUGGUGACUGAUAUCCCCGAGAUCACUAUUGCCUACGGAGUAAGCGACGAGUAUAGUUUUGUAUUUCACAAGUCUAGCAACCUCUUCGAGAGGAGAGCGAGCAAACUCGUCACCACAAUUGUCUCUACAUUUACAGCGAAUUACGUCUACUUGUGGCCGACGUAUUUUCCAGACACUCCCCUCUCAUUCCCUCUCCCGACCUUUGACGGUCGAGCCGUCUGUUAUCCGACAGUGCAAAAUCUUCGUGAUUACAUGAGCUGGCGGCAAGCUGAUUGCCACAUAAAUAAUUUGUAUAACACAGCCUUCUGGAAGUUGAUACAACUAGGAGGCCUCGACAACAAGGAGGCAGAAAAAACUCUUGCAGGCACGCUGGCUGCGGAUAAGAAUGAAAUAUUGUUUUCUCGGUUCAAAAUUAAUUACAACAAUGAACCGGAAAUCUUCAAGAAAGGAAGCAUUGUGUUCAAAGACUACGAACUGGCCGAGCCUAGCAGUCACGAUGCCGCCGCCGCAGCAGAUGCCCUCGCAGAGCCGCCAGUGCAAUCAAAAUCACAAGCCGAAAAGGACAAGAAGCGCAGGGCCAAGGCAAAGGUGGUGGUGGAACACUUGGACAUCAUCAAGGAUGAAUUUUGGGAUAGACGGCCCUGGAUCUUGUCGGGCAAGCCAGGACAGCCGGGCAAGGCGUCCAAAGAAAUACAAACAUGAAACGCUGUCUAUUGGGUAUUCCCUGUGCUUGAAAAAAGAUAACCAAACUCCCUGCUAAUGCGCCAUAUGUGAUCCUGUUAUUCUAUUUUCCACAUUAACCACCCGAAGCCUUCAUCUUCUUCAAUUCUUUCCUCCGUCGCUUUUCCUCCUUCUGAGCACGCCCAAGCGCUUUGUCCCCUGCCACACUACUACUGGAGUCUGACGUAUCUUUCUUCGCCUCGGCUCUUUUCAACCUCCUCUCGAGUUUUGCUGCUCUUCUUAGGGCACGCGCCUCUUUCCGUUUCCUCUUCUCCUCUUUCCGAGCUCUUUUCUCUUCCUUGGUUUCUUUCUUCGACUUUGUGGAUUUUGUCCUCGUGGACUCUGUCUUCUUCUUCUCGUCGCUGUCAUCAGACUCCGUGCUAGUCGAGUCGUCCGUUGUCAAUGUGCUAAGUGUUCCCUCAAGGAAGCCUCCUCGAACAAAGGAGGCGUAGAUGGAGUAUUUUGAUACGCUUCCAGG